CACCUAUAUGCAUUGUUUAUAUACCUCUCUGUACAUACAUAGCUUUUCUCUAUCAAUGCAUCUUCAUUAAAAAGUUUACUUUUUUCUUAAAACACUGUCGCGGAAAUCAAAACGCGAAGUUGCGAGAAAGGAAAUUUUUUUACGUGGUUACGCGUUUUUCCUUAUUUCGAUUUUUCUGUAUUCCUUUUUUUACAAAGCACUUGUGCAAUGCACCCAUUCUAUGCAAGUGCUGGGCAAUCGUUCAAAGCAACCACUGAAGCAGCACAACAAGUAAUACCACAGCAGCAGCAGGAGCAGCAACAACAACAACAACAAGGCGAAUCGAGCAACAACGACGAUACCGACAUUAAUUUUCAAGAAUCUUCAACCACUCAUCUUGUACAUGGUGGAGGAAGAUUCAACAAGGGAAAACGACCACGAGUUGACGAUAGUAGUAGCGACGAAGAGGACGAUGACGACGAUAACGACAAGGCAACAAUUUGCCAAAUUUGUUUUAAAGGCAUGACCAACCAAGGCGGUCACUGCAUAGUCGCCACCAAGUGUGGACAUACGUUCGGAGAGUCAUGUAUAACGAGAUGGAUCAGUGCAAAACAAAAGGAUAGAGCGCAAGCACGUUGUCCCAACUGCCGGCAAAACGGACCAGUUCUCAAAAAAACCGAUUUACGACGGAUCAUUGUCACAAAGUUAGUUGCGUAUGAUACCAGCGACUUUGAACGAGUUCGAAAAGAGCUCGAGGAAUCCAAAAGAAUUAUCGAUGAAAAGACCAAGGAGAUCAUGAGCUUAAAAGGAAAAAUCAAGUUACUGAACCAAAGUCAAAGUGCGAAAGACCUCCAAGAAUUACAAGAAAAAAUAGUAGCAUUGAGCUCGGCACAAGGAGCAACAUCAUCAUCAUCAUCAUCAUCAUCGGCAUCAUAUACAUCAGCAGCAGCAGUUGAUGAGCCAGAAAGUAAACAGAAAUUGCGAGAAUUCUAUUCGUAUCCGCUCGAAUACCAGCAACAGGGCAGGUCCCUAGCGAUUAGCUCGAUGGAUGAAAUGGCGAUUGUAUCGGUUGGAAACGAAAGCCGUGGUUACGGGUUGCAAAGAAUCAGUCUGCGAGAUAUCAACAGCGUCGACUUUGUGCCGAAUCACAAAAAGGUGGUUCGCGAUAUCAAGUGCUCACCCUUUCAACAAUCACUGGUGCUGUCAACUGGUCUGGAUAAUAGGCUCGCAUUAACGUGCGUGCGAAACAAGCAUGUAAUUCAGGCAUUCUCGCUCGAAAAAGCUGGCUGGUCCUGUGAAUUUGAUGAAACAGACUCCAAUCUAUUCUACUGUGGACUCGCCAACAAUACCGUUCUCGUAUAUGAUAUCCGUAAUACCAAAAGUCACCUCCAUCAUCUGCGGCCCAACACAUCGUCCAACAACUUUCCAAUACACUCGCUUGCCUCGACCAAACGAGAGAAUGGCAAUAGGAUCAUUCUCUGUUCGAACAACAUGGGAUCGUACCUGUGGGAACUGGAUUCUUCCAAUCAGGAGCCAGUAUUUCACUCGCUACCAUCCACAGACAACCCAGGCUAUAAACCCUAUUCACUUUCAUACGACACCAAAACGCGAACAAUCCUAAUUUCAUCGCGUAAACCACCUCAAUCCAACGGUGGCACAGUACAUUCUUUAUACCAGCUUAGUCACGAAGAGCAAGUAAAAAAGCCAGAAGAGGACCCGAUCGAGCGGAUAUGGUCAUUUGAAAGCUCGUACCCGCAAGUUCAAAUGGCACGCACAUUCCAUUUUCCUCGUAAAAGAAACAGGGACGAUAUAGUAGCAUGUUUUGCACAUGAGCGUGUCGUAUCUUUACGCAACGAGAACGAAACGAUCGACUCAUUUCCUGUCAAGGAUCCGGUGAUGGAUAUCAAGGCAAAGCAAGUGGGCCAAGACCUGGUUGUUGGCGCCCUCACGGACAAGACACUGCAUUUGUAUAAAUUCCAAUGAGAAAAGCCGUGUGAGAUCAGCUCUUGACUGGGCCACACACUAUUAAAUCUCUUGUACAGAAUAUAUAAUAAACCGGUAAUGUAUGGGGGUGGUGUGGCUAGUAUAUAUGUAGGAGGGAUAGGAUCUCCAUCUUGAACCCACCCCCCAACUCUUUUUCUGUCAUCAAUAUCGUACGAUUUAAUUGAAUGUAACACAAACGA